ACCACCUCCAGAGUCAAUACAUUCCUCACCAUUUGAAUUCACGGAUCUCAUUGGCAUCCCAGCGCACAUACCACACACCCACCCGGUUCCAGUGCUCCACAGCGUCUGCCACACACUGUAUCCCCCACCAUAGGGCUGAAAGUGGGCGCCCUCCGAUCUCCAACCGUUUCUGGGCGUCGUGUAGGAGAAGCUCGCCCACGACGAAUUGAACAAUAGUCACAAUGCCGUACUCACGCCGCUCAUCAACCUCAGAGCAUGAAUAUUACCUUAUGCCGGUGCGCUCUGGAGGAGGUGGGAGUGAUUAUGGACGGUCACGCGGAGAGCCCGCUGUGGUCAAUAAUUAUUUAGGUGUGCCUCAGACUCGUCCGCGGGCCUCCAGCACAGGCGCCGGCCCCGCACCCACCAUUGUCAACAUCGGCACGGCCCCAAGCGUUCACUCGCGCUCCCGUAGCCGCAGUCGUCAUCGUCAUCGCAGUAGAUCACGAUCUUCAAGCAGAAGUUCGAGCGACCACUCACGCUCACGUUCUCACCGUGGUCGUCGAUACAGCAAGAAUUAUGCCGUCACCGAAGCCGAUGUCCCAUAUGAGUUGCGCAAGGAGAUCGACUAUGCUCGCCUCCAACGCAAGGAGGAAGAGGAGAGGCGUCUGCAAGAACGAAUCAGGAAGGACCGUGAGGAAGCCAAGAAACGAUGGCAAUACGAAGAAGAGCUCGAGGCUGAGCGCAAGAAAAAAGAACGCGACGACGCCAGAAAGAAAUGGCAACAUGAGGAAGAGUUAGCGGCUGAGCGGAAAAAGAAGGAACGCGAGGCGAUCUUGCUCGAAGCCAAGAUUGAGGAAGAGAGGAAGAAAAAGGAGGCGCAGGAACUACGAGAACGAGUUCUGCGAGAAGAGGCAGAGAGAAAGAAGAAAGAGGAAGAAAAGAAGAAGGCCGAAGAUGCCGAAUUCGAGCGAAAGGUCAAGGAGAAAUUCAUGAAUGCUGGUUACAGCGCCGACUAUGUGGAUGAGGUGCUUCACAAAAAGAAGAAAGAGAAGACGACACUGGCCAUCGAUCUUCACCGACCGACCUAUAUCAAAGUCAACCGAAAGUAUUUACAUCCUGACACUCUGGAUGCAUAUGGUCUGCCUUGGCAAUGGGAUGGGGCUGACAGCGAAUUCAUCAUCAUCAAGAAAUACAUUGACGACAGUCUCCAGGACGAGCUUUUCGAGCAUACGCGCCGAUUAACACAACGAAAACUCAUCACGGGCCCGUAUGUUAAGGAGACCAAGACCAUCACAACGUUGACGCCCAAUGAUCGCUACGUCAAGAAAGGUGACAAGAUGUACGUGGUCCGAGAAAAGAGCCAGACGCGAAGCAAGAGCCCGUCGCGAAGAAGCUGGAUGUUCACGUGAAUGAAACGAGAUAAAUGAUCAAGACAUGGAAAACAUUGAUGAUGGCGAAAACCAUGUAGCAAGUGCAACAUCAGAAGAACGCCUUGCCCGAGAAAUGCUGGAUCUCAAGCGACGCUCCUAACGGAAACCCUGGAUGCUUCAUUCUUGGUGACAUACCAUCGCACGCCCCACAGAUGAUUAAACGGAUGAGGAGUCAUGGAACGAGCUGAUACCAAUAGCGAGCACAAUCUAGAAGGGACGUUAAGAUGUGACUGAAAGGUUGAUUCAAGAAUGGUCACAGGGGAUGUAGCUUGCCAGGCUCAUACCUCAGAUAGGAGCAAACCAACAGACGAAACGACAUGACGGAGCAACUGGGGAGUAUUACUUUUUGUCAAACCGUCUCUCGCGACUUUACUUGGACUCGCAUCGCAGCUCCAUUUAAUCAAUCCUGUAUGACAACUCAUUGGCUUUUAUCUACUACAACAUGUGAGACAAUCA